GUGGACAGUGAGAGAGAGAGACAGAGAGAGAAAGGUCUUCCUUUGCCGUUGGUUCACCCUCCAAUGGCCGCCGCUGCAGCCGGCGCACCGCGCUGAUCCUGGCAGGAGCCAGGAGCCAGGUGCUUUUCCUGGUCUCCCAUGGGGUGCAGGGCCCAAGCACCUGGGCCAUCCUCCACUGCACUCCCUGGCCAUAGCAGAGAGCUGGCCUGGAAGAGGGGCAACCGGGACAGAAUCCGGCGCCCCAACCGGGACUAGAACCCGGUGUGCCGGCGCCGCAAGGUGGAGGAUUAGCCUAUUGAGCCACGGCGCCGGCCCUUAUUUCAUUAUUUUUUAAAAAAAUUAUUUUUAUUUUAUUUCAUUAGAUUUUAAUCUGCCAUUGUCAGCUGAUAUAAUCCUGACCAAAGAAAAGAAUUCAAGUUCACAUAAAUCUACUCAGGAAAAAUUAUAUCUAGAAGGAAGUGCUCCAUCUGGUCAGGUUUCUGCAAAAGUAAACAUCAUCUGAAAGAGCAGACGGCAGCGUAAAGUUACCCAUCGCUAUUCUGUAAGAGAUGUAAGAAAGACACAACUGUCCACCUCAGACUCAGAAGCCAAUUCAGAUGAAAAAAGUAUAGCAAUGAAUAAGCAUAGAAGGCCCCAUCUGCUACAACAUUUUGUAAUACAGCCUCCUAAAGAUGACCACCUUGCAAGUAAAUUUGACCACUUAGCAACCAAAGAAGAACAGACUGCUGAUUCUAUGGCUUUGGAAAACUCUACAGAGAUUAUUACAAGACAAGAGUCAAAUACUGACAUUUUAAGUGACCCAGCUGCCUUGUCUAUUAUCAAUAACAUGAACAACUCUCCGUUUGACUUAUGUCAUGUUUUGUUAUCUUUAUUGGAAAAAGUGUGUGAGUUUGACAUGACUUUGAAUCGUGAUUCUGCUCUAGCAGCCAAUGUAGUGCCCACACUGACUGAAUUCCUAACAGGCUCUGGGGACUGCUGUAAUCUAAAUGACAAUUUGGAAAGUCAAGUGGUUUCUACAGGUUGGACUGAAGAACCGGUAGCUUUGAUUCAGCGGAUGCUCUUUAGAACGGUGCUGCAUCUUAUGUCAGUAGAUAUUAGUACUGCAGAGAUGAUGCCAGAAAGUCUUAGAAAAAAUUUAACUGAGUUGCUUAGGGCAGCUUUAAAGAUUAAAACUUGCCUAGAAAAGCAACCUGACCCUUUUCUGCCAAGACAGAAGAAAACACUACAGGAGAUUCAAGAAGCGUUUGUAUUUUCAAAGUAUCGUCAUAGAGCCCUUCUUUUACCUGAGCUUCUAGAAGGAGUUCUUCAGAUCCUGAUCUGUUGUCUUCAAAGUGCAGCUUCAAAUCCCUUCUACUUCAGUCAAGCCAUGGAUUUGGUUCAAGAAUUCAUUCAGCAUCAUGGGCUUAAUUUAUUUGAAACCGCAGUUCUUCAAAUGGAAUGGCUGCUUUUAAGAGAUGGAGUGCCUCCUGAAGCCUCAGAACAUUUGAAAGCCCUAAUAAAUAGUGUGAUGAAAAUAAUGAGCACUGUCAAAAAAGUGAAAUCGGAGCAACUUCAUCAUUCAAUGUGUACAAGAAAAAGGCACAGACGCUGCGAAUAUUCUCACUUCAUGCAUCACCACCGAGAUCUCUCAGGUCUUCUGGUUUCAGCUUUUAAAAAUCAGGUUUCCAAAAACCCGUUUGAAGAGACUGCAGAUGGAGAUGUUUAUUAUCCUGAGCGGUGCUGUUGUAUUGCAGUGUGUGCUCACCAGUGCUUACGCUUACUGCAACAGGCUUCCUUGAGCAGUACUUGUGUCCAGAUUCUAUCAGGCAUUCAUAGUGUUGGAAUAUGCUGUUGUAUGGAUCCCAAAUCUGUAAUCCUUCCUUUGCUCCAUGCUUUUAAAUUGCCAGCACUGAAAAACUUUCAGCAGCAUAUAUUGAAUAUCCUUAACAAACUUAUUUUGGAUCAAUUAGGAGGAGCAGAAAUAGCACAAAAAAUUAAAAAGGCAACUUGCAAUAUUUGUACUGUUGACUCUGAUCAACUAGCCAAAUUAGAAGAGGCGUUGCAGGGAAACUCUUGUGAUGCUAUGCCUUCCUCAAGUUUACCCAGUCCUUCUUACAGGUUUCAAGGGAUUCUGCCCAGCAAUGGAUCUGAAGACUUACUGUGGAAAUGGGAUGCUUUAGAAGCUUAUCAGAACUUUGUUUUUGAGGAAGACAGAUUACAUAGUAUACAGAUCGCGAAUCACAUUUGCAAUUUAAUCCAAAAAGGCAAUAUAGUUGUUCAGUGGAAAUUGUAUAAUUACAUAUUUAAUCCUGUACUCCAAAGAGGAGUUGAAUUAGCACAUCAUUGUCAACGUCUAAGCGUUACUUCAGCUCGAACUCACACAUGUAGCCAUCGUAACCAGUGUUUGCCUCAGGAAUUAGUAAAUACCACGUGUAGCAGUGAUAUAUUUGAACAGUAUGGGUACCUAUUUAGAAAUGAUAUUUCUGUUUGUAAAAUCUUUGUGUUUUUUUUCUCUCAUAGGGUUAUACAAGAUUUGUUUUUAAGUUGCAAUGGAGUAAAUCAAGUAAUUGAAUUAAAUUAUUUAGAUGCUACUUGAAGUCAUUCACUAAAAGCAUUUGAAACUUUGAUAAUCUGCUUAGGGGAGCAACAGAAAGAUGCUUCAGUUCCGAGUACUGAACAGAAGGAGUUGUCAUCCUUACAUGUAGGUACUUCUUUUCAUAACCAGCAAGCUUAUUCAGACUCUCCUCAGAGUCUCAAUAAAUUCAAAGAAGCCUAUCCAAAGACAUGGAAGACUGUUAACCAAGAUAUUCAUAUAAACACUAUAAACCUCCUCUGUGUGGCAUUUUUAUGUGUGAGUAAAGAAGCAGAGUCUGAUAGGGAGUCAGCCAAUGAUUCAGAAGAUACUUCUGGCUAUGACAGCACAGCCAGCGAGGCUUUAAGUCAUAUACUGCCAUGUUUAUCUCUUGAGAGCCUUGUCUUGCCCUCUCCUGAACAUAUGCACCAAGCAGCAGACAUUUGGUCAAUGUGCCGUUGGAUCUACAUGUUGAGUCCUGUCUUCCAGAAACAAUUUUAUAGACUUGGUGGUUUCCAAAAAUGCCAAAAAUUAAUGUUUAUGAUAAUACAGAAACUAUUUGGAAGUGCUGAAGAGGAACAAGAAAGAAGACAAGGAGAUAUAACUGUAAAUGAAAGGCAAGAUUUAAAUAGAGCUUAUCAGCCUGAGAUAACAUCGAAGGAAGAUUUAUUAUCUUUGACUGUAAAAAGUGACCUUACACCAUCAGAACUGGGUACUUCAAAAGAGAAACUUGUCUGUGGAAAAUACAUUAUUGGAAAUAAGGGACCAUUUUUCCCACUCAAAGGUGAUUGA